AUGUCCAAGAAAUCUGUUAGCAAGAAAAAAGAUGCUAAUCUCGUGUCCCUGAAGCUGUUACACGGGGCCUUUAAAGGACUUUUGAAUAAUAAGAACAAUAAAACUAAUAUCAAAGGAAAAAAUUCAAUAUCUAAAACCAAAAAAUCAAAACCAUCUUCCGUCAAAAAAAUAAUUGCCACAAGAAAUGGUAUCACAUAUAUUAAGUCAAAAGAAAAUAAACCAAUACCGAAGUUGUCAGAUGAUCAGGUAAUGGAAAGGCACAAAUUGGCCGAUAAAAAUAUGAAAGAUACUUGGUUAAAAAUAAUAGAUAAGUAUGAGAAUCUAACAGAUCAAGGGGACUUGAUUGAUCUGAAAACAGGUGAAAUUGUCGAAAAUAAUGGUCACGUUCAAAAUAUUAAUCAAUCGGAUUCUAACUCUAGUCCAAUGGGAUUAAUAUAUCAAAACGGUAGCCGAGAUAAAAAUAGCAAUACUAAAUCAGGAUAUAAUCAUUCAAUUAGAUAUAAUAGUACUUUGAUGGAUAUAAUAAAUAUUCAAGAGGAUAAAAAAUAUGGUGAUGAAUAUAGCAUUUGGCAGGAAAGUGGGGAAGAAGAUGAGGAUGAUGAUGGUGCAGUAGAAGUGGAUGAGAAUGUUGAUACUGAUAACGACGGCGAUGAUGGUGAUGAACUUUCAAUGGUCAGUCCAACUAAAUCUUUAAGUGACACAUAA